UGAGGGGUCAGAAUAAUAUAAUGUUUUUAGCCCAAUUUGUGUUGAAAAAACCUAUCGAGCAGUGGUGAAUUCCUGACUCAUCAGUCAAAAUCCCACUCCACUGUUCUCUUUGCGCCGCCGACCGGAAGUAAAUCCCUUAUUCCGAAUCAAAACCCUAGUGAAUCAUACGUGCAAGUGAAGUGAUGGCUCAGUUACACCCAAUUUCUUCUUGCUCUUCCACCAAUCUCCUUUCCUAUGCUUCUAAUAUAGGUUACGCUCGAAUUCAUCAAAAUUUUCACUGCCCCCAAAAAUUGACUUCGCCGCAUGAGCUUGGCGUGACAGCCAGUGAGUUCCACGGUCGUGCAAUCGUCCAAAACACAACUAACUUUGGUCUCACUCGUCAAAAUCAUGCUGUCAGAGCAGUUUUGGCUAGCCUCAAUGAGGCAACAACUUCUAGUGGAGUGGAUGGGAAUGUUUUGCGUAAAAAGUUGAACAAAGUUGUCCUGGCUUACAGUGGUGGCUUAGAUACUUCUGUAAUCGUACCUUGGCUUAGGGAGAAUUAUGGAUGUGAGGUUGUUUGCUUCACAGCAGAUGUUGGUCAAGGACUACAAGAACUGGAAGGGUUGGAACAAAAGGCGAAGGCAAGUGGGGCAUGUCAACUAGUGGUGAAGGAUUUGAAGGAGGAAUUUGUGAGAGAUUUUAUUUUUCCAUGCUUACGAGCUGGUGCUAUCUACGAGAGGAAGUACUUGCUCGGGACAUCUAUGGCUCGUCCUGUUAUUGCAAAGGCGAUGGUUGAUGUCGCCAAAGAAGUUGGAGCUGAUGCAGUUUCUCAUGGAUGCACGGGAAAAGGAAAUGAUCAGGUUCGUUUUGAGUUGACUUUCUUUGCUCUGAAUCCUGAGCUGAGUGUUGUUGCUCCUUGGAGGGAAUGGGAAAUAACUGGUAGGGAAGAUGCUAUUGAAUAUGCCACUAAGCACAAUGUGCCCGUUCCUGUCACCAAGAAAUCUAUUUAUAGCAGAGAUAGGAAUUUGUGGCAUCUCAGCCAUGAGGGGGAUAUCCUGGAGGACCCAGCAAACGAGCCAAACGAGGACAUGUACAUGAUGAGUGUUGACCCAAAAGAUGCACCAGAUCAACCUGAGUACGUGAAAAUUGGCAUAGUCGAGGGUCUUCCAGUCUCCUUCAACGGAAAAGAACUCUCUCCAGCAUCUCUACUUGCAGAGCUAAACGAGGUAGGUGGAAAGCACGGGAUUGGUCGAAUAGAUAUGGUUGAAAAUCGCCUCGUUGGCAUGAAAAGCCGUGGGGUCUACGAAACUCCAGGUGGCACCAUCCUCUUCAGUGCAGUACGAGAGCUCGAGUCUCUAACGCUGGAUCGUGAGACCAUACAAGUAAAAGACUCCCUUGCCCUCAAGUACGCGGAGUUGGUUUACGCGGGUCGAUGGUUCGACCCGCUCCGUGAGUCCAUGGAUGCAUUCAUGAAGGAGAUCACAAAGACCACUUCUGGAUCGGUGACUUUGAAACUGUAUAAAGGAUCCGUGAGUGUGACGGGCCGAGAAAGCCCGUAUAGUUUGUACAGGCAGGAUAUAUCUUCGUUUGAGAGUGGCGAUAUCUACAAUCAAGCUGAUGCUGCUGGUUUCAUUAGGCUGUAUGGUUUGCCUAUGAGGGGUUCGUGCCUAUGCUUGAGAAAAGGCCUCUGAAUUGGGGUCCCUUUUUUUUUCUUUCUUUAUUGGCAGUUAAGACUGUCUAUAUUAUCAUUCGACUCAGGCAUUCGACUUCUGUUUGAAUAAUUGCGGGUUUCUUGGAUAGUUGUUUUACGUAUUUCGUCGAGUCUACGUGAAUUA